UUUAGUUCCAAAGGUUUCCCUAACCGCAUCACCCCAGCACCCCAGCACCCAUUACUUGCACUGCAUCAUCUUGCGCCCAAAGCUCGCCUCAACUAGCCCUUGCCCCCGCAGUGGCUUGUCGUUCCAUCCCAUUCAUUGCGCCUAUUACUCAUAACUCAUACUCUCUCAUACUCCCUCACACUUUUUCAAAUUCCCAAACUUGGUCACUGACUCAGUUUUAACUUUCAUCUACUUCAUCAACCAAACCCACUAGGCAAUAGACUUUCAUCCGUCUAAGCGCCAACAAUGUCCGCGUACGACCCGUACGAUGCUCCCCCGCGCGACUAUCCUCGCCGGUACCACCAUGAUGACAGGCGUGAUAGGGCGAGUCCCCGCUACACCGAGACUCAGGAAACCUACUACAGAGUAAACCCAAGUACCAGGACUGCGCUUGUCCCUAGGGUGCGCGAGGAUAGCGAGCUGUCAAUCGAGGAAGUCCACCGAGAUUUCCCUCCUCCUGGUUACUCCCGGGACGUCCGUAGAGCCCGAUCGGCUGAACCUGGUUACGAUGAUUACUACUACGAAGGUCGUCGCUCCUACGAUGCUGCGCCUAAGGAACGCCGUCACAAGAAACCCGGUAGUGUCUAUUACGAAGAAGAAGAGAGAAGCCGCAAGCGCGUUCUAUCUAAGCAGGAAAAGAUUAUUGCCGCCGUCGCUGGAGGUCUCCUCGCUGCUGGCGCUAAAGAGCUUUUAGAUCGUCGCGAAGCUGAGAAGGAGGGUGUCGAAGUUCAUCGCAAUGUAGCCGCUUCUGCUGCUCUCGGCGCAGCUGGCGCUUUCGCUGGCUACCAGGGAGCCGACUUCUAUAACAAGCACGCCGGCAAGGAGGAUAAGAAGUCAACCUACCUUGUUCAUAAGGGACGGGAUGGUCGUGUCGUCGAGUACUACUCCGACGAUGACGAUGAAGAUCCAAGAGAUCGCAAAGGCAACAAGUCUUUUCUUGAGAAUGCACUGGCUGCCGCUGGUCUCGGGGGGGCUAUUAAAGCUCUAACUGGCGGUGCUGGCUCCGAUAGGGACUCAAGAAGUCGCCAUGGAAGUCGACGUGGUAGCCCAGACUCAUACCGUUCGCGCGAUACGAGAAAAAGUUCACGAGAUACCCCUGCGGCUAGAAUGCAAAAGGCUGCCAAGGCAUCCCUCGUCGCCGGUGCCGCAGAAGCUUUCCGAGUUGCCAAGGAACCAGGUGGUUGGAAGGGAGAGAAGAUGAAGCGAGUUCUCACCGCGGCUGCCGGCGCUGCGACCAUUGACGCUGCCCACGAUCCUUCCAAGGACAGCAAGCGCCAUCUUGUAGAAGCCGUCGUCGGUGGUCUCCUUGGCAACCGCAUGUUGCAUGGUUCUAGAAAAGAUAUCGAGGAAGACCGAAGGACAGGCCGGAGCAGAUCGCGAUCCCGUGCCCGAUCUGAGGGCGGCUCAAAGGCGAGCGGUCUCGCAGCACUAGCCACGGCGGGUUUGGGUGCCUUGGGUGCCAAGAAACUCGUCGAGGGCCGAAGCCGAUCCCGAUCUCGCCGGGGAGACAGCGUUGACUCGUAUGACAGUCGCAGCCCCUCGCCACGCAGGCGCCGCAGUAGCCGCAGUCGCAGCCGUAGCGUUGUUGACAAAGCGCGGCGUAGCCUUGCUAAGAUCGGCAUCGGUAGCGACCCCGAACCUCGCGAUGAUGACAGUUACGAUGACGACCGUCCGCCUCGCAAGAGUCGUCACAGGAGCCCAUCAGACGACCGAUAUGAUGAUGAUGAUGAUUACAACUCCCGGGCCUAUAUGAGAGGCGGACGAGGUCCCCCGGCUCGUGAUGCUUAUGAUGAUUACGAUGAAGAGGAGCGGUCUAUCGGCGGUGGAAGAUCGCGUAGCGGAUCACGUUCAAGAAAAGGUAGGUCUAGUUCUGCUUCUAGUAGCGAUCUUGGAGAUUCAGAUGAAGAUAAGAAGAUGACGUCGAAGAUGCGACGUAAACAAAUGAUUACGACGGGGUUGGCAGCUGUCGCUACUAUCCACGCUGCCCACAAUGUGUAUGGCAGCAUGGGACAACGCGACGCUAGACAUAGGGCAGUUAAGGAAGGCAAAUUAAGCCCAGAGGAGGCCAGAAAACUGAGGACUAAGGCACUUCUGCAAGAUGCGGCUUCGGUUGGCAUCGCGGCACUGGGCGUCAAGGGCGCCAUCUCGGAACUCAAGGAAGCUCGAGAACAGGCCAAAGCAGUCAAUGAGUGGAAAGAGGAAAGACAACGACGUCAUGAAAAACGACUUGAGCGACUGAAGCGGGCAAAUUCCACCAGUGGUCGCAGGUCCAGGGCUGACAAUUGGGAUAAUUCAGCUCCAUCGCAAGAUAGUCGGUACGACGAGGGUCCUCGUUACGCUGAUGGGAACCCUUACUCUGCUGCUUUACCCGCUCCUCCGGUGGGCUACGACAGAAGAUGAUAGGCGAGGGUGACAAAUCACUCUCCGUCACUUACACACGGGCCUUAAUUCGCUGUGCGCCCAAUCACAUACACGUGUGGUCUGCAGUGGUCUGCCUCAUGCCCCGUUACGAUUUACGACAUAUCAUGAAUGAUGGUUUUGGAUAAUACAAAAUUUAUAACGAGGGCGUUUGGAAUAGG